AUGAGCCAGACACUCGCCUUCAACAAGCCCAAAAAAUGCCCCUCAGGGACAGAGGCCUUUGCUGAGCUCAUUGGCCUCACGUACCGACCGCCUGGUGAGGCCCAGGACCCGACCCGCUUUACAUGGCAGAGCACGCCGUGCUUGUCACACUUCAGUGUGCACCCCAAGCGUGUAUCUUCAUACACCAGCUUUGAAUGUGUGUGUGUCUGCCUGUUUGUCUGUUUGUCUGUCUCCAAGACUGUCUCCUUCUUUAAUAAGAGGAAAGUGGAACUCCAUGUCCACUUGGAUGGAGCCAUCAAGCUUGAAACCAUCUUAUACUAUGGCAAGAAGAGAGGGGUCACCCUCCCGGCCUACACAGUGGAGGAGCUGGAGAAGAUCAUAGGAAUGGACGAGCCCCUCUCGCUCCCGGGAUUCCUGGCCAAGUUUGACUACUACAUGCCUGCUAUCGCGGGCUGCCGGGAGGCCAUCAAAAGGAUUGCCUACGAGUUUGUUGAAAUGAAGGCCAAGGAGGGAGUGGUGUACGUGGAGGUGCGCUACAGCCCACACCUGCUGGCCAACUCCAAAGUGCACCCCAUCCCCUGGAAUCAGGCUGAAGGGGACCUCACACCAGACGAGGUAGUAUACCUCGUGAACCAGGGCCUGCAGGAGGGCGAGCGAGACUUCAAGAUCAAGGCCCGGUCCAUCCUGUGCUGUAUGCGCCACAUGCCCGAUUGGUCCCUUGAGGUGGUGGAGCUGUGUAAGAAGUACUGGCAGCAGACGGUGGUGGCCAUUGACCUUGCGGGAGAUGAGACCAUCAAGGACAGCAGCCUCUUCGAAGGCCACAUGAAGGCCUACGAGGAGGCCGUGAGGAGCGGCAUUCACCGGACCGUGCAUGCUGGGGAGGUUGGCUCUGCCAAGGUGGUCAAAGAGGCUGUGGACCUGCUCAAGACGGAGAGACUAGGCCAUGGCUACCACACCCUGGAGGACGAGGCCCUCUACCAAAGGCUGUUGCAAGAAAACAUGCACUUUGAGGUCUGCCCCUGGUCCAGCUACCUCACAGGCGCCUGGAAGAUGGGGACCGAGCACGCGGUCAUUCGGUUCAAAAAUGACAAGGCUAACUACUCACUCAACACCGACGACCCUCUCAUAUUCAAGUCCACGCUGGACACUGAUUACAAAAUGACCAAACAGGACAUGGGCUUCACUGAAGAGGAGUUUAAGAGACUGAACAUCAAUGCGGCCAAGUCCAGUUUCCUCCCAGAGAAUGAGAAGAAGGAGGUUCUGGAUGUGCUGUAUAAGGCCUAUGGAAUGACGGCGCCGGUCGAUUCAGCACCAGUGCUGUGUCGUCAGGCUCCAUGA